UCAUGAUCAGGUUCAGUAGGUGUUCAGACGGAGACAAACGUACUUUAGUAAAACACACCGCCAUGGGCACCUCGGUGGCAUUCCUGUUCUUCACGUUUGCAAUCCUGUCGACUGGAGUGUCGUCACAGUAUGUUUACCAAACAAUUGGUAUGUACGGUAACGACGGCCGAGUGCUGACCCUCGAAGAUGCUGGCUACAUCAGUUGGACACAGUAUGGCUACCAAUACGACGAUGACCAAGACUUCCGAGUUCACUUUCAAGCUCCAGUUGGGAAGAGGAUCCUCCUGAAGUUUUACGAUAUCUACAUUGAAAGUCGAGAUGACAGCUGUCAGUACGAUCGCAUGGAGAUCUGCGAGGGACAGGUUGACAGUUGCGUUUUCCCCAGAAUUGUUUGUGGCACGUCCGGAGCUGACUUCGUAUCUGAGAGCAACGUCAUCACCAUACGGUUCAAGUCUGACUCCAGCGUUGAGGGGCACUUCAAACUCAUGUACACAGUCUUCAGUUACGCUUCACUUGGAUCCACGUGCUCUACUGGCGAGUGCAUGUGCUCCAAUGGCCGGUGCAUCAACGCGAUGUUGCAGGGGGACGGAGUGAACAACUGCGGCAGCGACCAGGUCAGCGAUGCCAGCAUUUGUUAUGACGCAGGCUACAUCUAUACCCCGCAGACAACCGUCAUGCCAAUGUUUCCUACAGAUUACAGCAACUUUUACAUGUCGGAGCACUGCGGGGACUCUGUGUAUUUAGGCUACUCUGGCUACAUCCAGUGGGAUCGCCAUGGGUAUAACUGGAACAGUCAGAGCUGCUGGGCCAACUUCCACCCUCCCCCGGGGUUGAAGGUGUUGCUGCAGUUCGUGGACGUUGACAUGGAAGGCAACUAUCCAUCCUGCUCUUUCGACAGCCUUCGUGUUUUCUCCCGCCCACUCGCCUACGGCAUCGCCACGACGGCUAACGCGGACACUAAGAUCUGUGAUGACGAUGACGUCAGCCCCUAUAUCGGCACGUCGUUCGGACUGAUGCUACAGACUGACAGCACUGUAUCCGGAUCCUACAAGAUUCUGUACACAGUGUUCCGAGCCAGUUACUACUGCAACAGUGAUGAGUUCCGUUGUGCCGGACGCCAGGUGUGCAUGUCCAGUAGUGUGCGGUGCGACAGUCAUGAUAACUGUGGGGACAACAGUGACGAGGACCUGUGUCCAUCAUACGCUCCUCCUCCCGAGGCCGAGGUGUCGUCAUCUUCCUCCGUAAGCACUGGGGUCGUCAUAGGCGCCGUUGUGGGGGCGUUAGCGGUGCUGUUCCUCGUGGCAGCGCUAGUGGGCGUCAUCUGUCACUGCAGCAAACGACAGGCAAGAACUCCAGCAGCAGCCAGAUCCCCUAACCCUACCGGUACCCCACUCUACCCUACCGGCCAGCAGGCUCCCUACCCUACCGGUGCCCCUCCAUACCCUAACACUGCCUCUCCUUACCCUGCUGCCGGCGUCCCUCCCUACCCAACCGCUGCCCCCGGCAACAACUACACAUACCCUACAGUCUUCAUCAACCAGGGCACCGCAAACACUGCUGGACCUGCGUUUGUGACCCAAGGAGUUGCUAACUCAGGAUUCGAACCCCCUCCCCCUUACUCAUACCCCCCUCCCGGGUUCUCGUCUCCCCCAGCAGCAAACGGUCAGAACAACCAGCAAGAGGCCGUGCAGAUGGCAGCAUGCAAUGGAUACUUCUAA